AUGGCAAAACGCACCGCCGACGAAGAGAGCGCGGGCCCUCUAAAGGCCGGAGGGAGGCCGGACGCCAUGGAUGUCGACGACAAGCCCGCCGACAUGGGCGAGUUCGAGGACGAAUUCGAGGAUGAAUUCGAGAGCGAGGACGAGAUCAUCGAGGCUGGUGUCGAUGGUCGGCCAGAUGCCGAGCGGGAAGCUGAGGAGGCAAUGGACGUCGACCCUGCAGCCCCCGGGACCUUCAUUGUCGGCAGAACAAAACUCGAGCCUGGCCAGACUCUCUCUCCCGACCCGACGACAUACCGGAUGUUACAUAACCUGAGCACCCCGUGGCCAUGCCUCUCAUUCGACAUCAUACGCGAUGGCCUAGGCGACAACCGCAGCGUGUACCCCGCGACCAUGUACACCGUGUCCGGAACUCAGGCCGACAGCGCAAAGGCCAGCGACAACUCCAUCAUGGUCAUGAAGUUCAGCGGUCUCAGCAAAAUGCAGGGCGCCGACGGGGACGAGUCGAGCGAUGACGAAGACGAAGACGAGGAUGCUGACCCCAUUCUCGAACACAAAAGCAUUCCUCUCAACACCACGACGAACCGGAUACGAGCUCACCACACCCCAUUCCAAGACGCAUCGAAACCCCCCACCACACUUACCGCAACGAUGACCGAAUCGACCAACGUCUUGAUUCACGACAUCACUCCCCACCUUGCCUCCUUCGAUACCCCGGGUACCGUCAUCACUCCCCAACAAAACAAACCCAUCAGCACGAUUCGCGCCCACAAGUCGGAGGGAUAUGCCGUGGACUGGUCGCCGCUCCACCCCGCAGGCAAGCUCCUGACCGGCGACAACGACGGCCUGAUUUACGCCACCACACGGACCGACGGCGGCGGUUUCGUGACCGACACACGCCCCUUCCAGGGCCACACGUCCAGCGUGGAGGAGAUCCAAUGGAGCCCCUCGGAGGCGUCCGUGUUCGCGUCGGCGUCCAGCGACGGCACCAUCCGGGUGUGGGACGUGCGCAGCAAGGCCCGCAAGCCCGCGCUCUCCAUGCAGGUCAGCAACGUGGACGUGAACGUCAUGUCGUGGUCGCGGCAGACGACACAUCUACUGGCAUCGGGCGACGAUGCCGGUGUGUGGGGCGUGUGGGAUCUGCGACAGUGGAAGCCGAGCGCGGGCGGGAAUGCCGCGUCGGCGCUGCAGAGGCCGAGCCCGGUUGCAAGCUUCAAUUUCCACCAGGAGCAGAUCACCAGCAUUGAGUGGCACCCUACGGAUGACAGUAUUGUGGCGGUGUCGGCGGGCGACAACACGGUGACGUUGUGGGAUCUGGCGGUCGAGUUGGAUGAUGAAGAGAGUAAAGACACGGCGGGCGUCCAGGAUGUACCGCCGCAGCUGCUGUUCGUGCACUACCAGAACCAGGCCAAGGAAGUGCACUGGCAUCCGCAAAUACCGGGCGUGCUGGUGGCUACGGGCGAGGAGUUUAGCGUGUUUAGGACGAUCAGCGUGUAA